UGUGAAAUUUUCAACAAGAAUAUCACUUUUCCUCAUGCCUCUCCUUUGGUUUCUUUUCAUAUCAAACAUAGCAUAACCUUGUUUAGAUGUGAUCACAGCCUCAACAUUAGCCCUCCUGCCAGUGUUUAUAGUCAUGCCUGCCAUAACUAUAAUAUCUAUUAUUACCACUUGAACAAGCGUCCUCUUGAUCAUUACCAAAGAUCUUUCUCAGCUUGCUCUGUUGUUCUGCUUCCAAGUAAACACCAGAAUCAUACCAAAGAUCUUUUAUCAUUCUUAACUGCUCAAAUGGUCAUUGAAGUACAGUUAUCUGAUGCUUGUGAUAAGUGUUACAACCAGAUAGGUGGCCAAUGUCGACUUGACAGCAAUAGAAACUUCUAUUGUGACAGAGAGAAAACUGGAAAAACCGUGCUCAUUGGGACAACAGUGGCUUCUUCUGCGGGACUUGCUGUGCUAUUGUUCCUGGCCUUUUGCUCUAGAAGAAAGCUUCUUGCUCUUGCUUCAUCCAAUCUCUUUUGGAGGAAGAGACAUGCAACCCGUCAAAUAACUGAAGCCGCUCUGGAGCAACAUGGACCAAUCUCUUGUAGACAGUACAGUUACUCUGAGAUAACGAAAAUCACAGACUGUUUCAAAACCAAAUUAGGCAAAGGAGGAUUUGGAACUGUAUAUAAAGGGAAGCUACCAGAUGGGCGUCUUGUUGCGGUGAAAGUGCUAAGUCAGUUAAAAUGUAUGAAUGAGGAAUUCAUUAAUGAAGUUGCAAGUAUCAGCCGGACAUCUCAUGUUAAUAUUGUUAGCCUUUUAGGCUUUUGUUUCCAAGAUUCGAAAAGAGCUCUAGUUUAUGAGUUUAUGUCUAAUGGAUCUCUCGAGAAAUUCAUAUAUGAGAAGUCUGAUUGCAGCAUGGCUGAACACCAAUUGGACUGUCAAACUCUAUAUAAUAUUGCAGUUGGUGUUGCUAGAGGAUUAGAGUACUUACACAGAGGUUGUAACAAGACCAAAAUCCUGCACCUUGACAUAAAACCUCAUAACAUCCUACUCAAUAAGGAGUUUUGCCCGAAAAUUUCAGAUUUUGGACUCGCUAAAAUACUGCCAAUAAAAGAUUGGAUUGUGUCCAUAUUGGAAGCAAGGGGUACUGCAGGAUACAUUGCUCCAGAAGUAUUUUCAAGAAACUAUGGCGACGUAUCUCACAAAUCAGAUGUCUUCAGUUUUGGAAUGGUGGUUCUAGAAAUGGUUGGAGGAAGAAGGAACAUGAAUGCUGAAGUUGAUCAUUCCAGUGAAAUUUAUGUUCCACAAUGGAUUUAUAAGCGCCUUGAACUGAAUCAAGAACUAGAAUUGGGAUGCAUUAGGAAUGAUACUGAAAAAGAAAUGGUGAGAAAAAUGAUAAUGGUGAGCUUAUGGUGCAUACAAACUGACCCUUCAAUGAGACCAGCAAUGAGUGAAGUAGUGGAGAUGUUGGAAGGAAGCUUGGAAACCCUGCAAGUACCUCCUAAGCCGUUUUUCUUUUCUUCUUCAACAACUCCUGUUCAUUCCACAUCUCAACUAUGUGAGAUUGUGCAGUUAUAG